UUUCUAGUUUACACAAAAGCAAACACUAGGGAUUUCUCUCUCUCUCUCUCUCUCUCUCUCUCUCUCAAGAAAAAUUGAAAAAAUAAAAAAGCUUGGGAAAGCAGAAAAAGGAGGCUUCGUCUCUUUCCUCUUCUUUUCUUGCAGCCUCUGCUAAGCAUCUUUUCCCCACUUUUGUGUUCCUUCUUUUCUCUCCUCCCAUUCUUUCCUUCUUGUUGAAAUUGAAUUUCUUACUGCCUUUUCUUGCGUUGGUUUCAAUUUUUUUAUUACUGGCUCGAUUGAUUGUUUGUUGUUCUGUAAUCUUCAGUGGGUUUUGCUCUGCUGCAUUAAUUGUCGGAUCAGUAAAGGUUAUUUGCAUUCUUCUGAUAAUCUCUUUUCUCCUCUGGAUUCGUUUUUUCCUUGGAAUUGGAAAUUCUGGGUGUGUCCCAGUGCUAAUCCUUUCUGGGUUUUACUCAUCAAACCUCACAGUUCAUCCUUCGGGGAUUCUUGUUUCAAAUAUGGCGAAUUCCCUUUCCUUUCCUCCCUGGUUUCCGGGUUUUUCUGGGAAUUUUCUUUCUUGAAAUCCAAACAUAUCCUUCUGAGAUUUCUGGUUGUUUCUUGAUCACAGUUUCCCAAACUUUUUUUUUUUUUUUUCCGUUUUUAUUGUCGAUUCCUGUGUUGUUCUCCUUUUCUUAGGUUUCUACUCCCAUGGGACUCUGUCAUGGAAAACCCAUUGAGGACACCCAAACCCAAACGGAAAACCCUUCAACUACUUCCGGUGAUGGAAUUUGUGAGCCGGCGGCAGCGAAUUUCCAGACUAACAGCAAAACCUCGAACUUUCCCUUCUAUAGUCCGAGCCCUCUUCCCGGUGCCUUCAAGAACUCACCCGCGAACUCGAGCGUGAGCUCAACCCCACUUCGCAUUUUCAAGCGCCCUUUCCCACCACCUUCCCCUGCAAAACACAUUCGAGCAUUGCUUGCUCGAAGGCAUGGAUCAGUGAAGCCCAAUGAAGCCUCAAUUCCUGAGGGGAAUGAGAAUGAAAUUGGUUUGGAUAAGAACUUUGGAUUCUCAAAGCAGUUUGUGGCGCAUUACGAGCUUGGUGAGGAGGUGGGUCGCGGCCAUUUUGGGUAUACAUCUUCUGCAAAGGCCAAGAAGGGGAGCUUGAAGGGGCAGGAUGUGGCUGUCAAAGUUAUUCCCAAAUCGAAGAUGACUACUGCAAUUGCAAUAGAGGAUGUAAGAAGGGAAGUGAAAAUAUUACGGGCCCUAACAGGACACAAGAAUUUAGUGCAAUUCUAUGAUGCCUAUGAAGAUGAGGACAAUGUCUAUAUAGUGAUGGAAUUGUGCAAAGGAGGUGAACUAUUAGAGAGGAUUCUUUCAAGGGGUGGAAAAUACUCCGAGGAAGAUGCAAAGGUUGUCAUGGUCCAGAUUUUAAGUGUUGUUGCCUUCUGUCAUCUCCAAGGUGUGGUUCAUCGUGACCUCAAGCCAGAGAAUUUUCUAUUUACUUCUAAGGAUGAGAACUCCCCGCUAAAGGCCAUUGAUUUUGGACUCUCUGACUAUGUCAAUCCAGAUGAAAGGCUGAAUGAUAUUGUAGGAAGUGCUUAUUAUGUUGCUCCUGAAGUUCUGCAUAGAUCAUAUGGGACCGAAGGUGACAUGUGGAGUAUUGGUGUAAUUGCUUAUAUUCUUUUAUGUGGAAGCCGACCCUUUUGGGCCCGGACUGAGUCUGGCAUCUUCCGAACCGUUCUUAAGGCAGAUCCAAGCUUUGAUGAAGCCCCUUGGCCUUCUUUGUCUUCAGAUGCAAUUGAUUUUGUAAAAAGAUUGUUGAACAAGGAUUACCGAAAGAGAUUAACUGCUGCUCAGGCUCUGAGUCAUCCCUGGCUGGCUAAUGAUCAAGAUGUUAAGAUUCCAUUGGAUAUGAUUGUAUACAAGCUUGUGAAGGCAUACAUACGCUCAUCUUCUCUACGAAAGUCAGCUUUGGGGGCUCUUGCAAAGACACUGACAGUGAACCAACUGGCUUAUCUCAAAGAACAAUUUACAUUACUAGGACCAAACAAAAGUGGAUUUGUCUCAAUGCAGAAUUUUAAGAUGGCUGUGACAAAAAACUCCACGGAUGCCAUAAAGGAUUCAAAGGUUAUAGAUUAUGUUAACAUGGUGAGUUCUCUCCAAUAUAGAAAAUUGGAUUUUGAAGAAUUCUGUGCGGCAACCAUAAGUGUUUAUCAACUGGAAGGAAUGGAGAGCUGGGAGCAACAUGCACGUCGUGGCUAUGAGUUGUUUGAGAAGGAUGGAAACAGACCCAUUAUGAUAGAAGAACUAGCCUCGGUGUGUCAAUCUUUGGCACUGUCACUUUUCUUUCCCCAGCUUAUUUUUCUUUUCCCUGUUGAAUGCAUUGCUAAUAUGUGUAAGAUAUCCUUUGUCUUAAAUUUUCAUAAAAUUGUUGAAAUUUCUGCUUCCGCCACUCUUGAAAUCAAAAUGGUGGUCUAUUUCCAUCUUGCAAAAUUUCAAUCAAUCAUCAAAAGUCAUCAAAAACUCAAAAUUUCAAUAAUUUGACUGAAACAAAAUUUACUUCAUAUUGAUAUUUGAGAUUCAAAAUCCAAAGUUAAGUUUCCUUCUUUAUUUUUUCUUAUCUACAACAUUUUAUUCAGCCUAUUAAUGUUUAAAUUAGCUGUAAUUUUAAAGUGGCUAAUCUUGAUUUAUAGAUUUCAUUUAUAUUAACUGAAAAUGUUUAAUAUGGCUACUGCAUUUCUGUUAUUGCUCUUUAUCAUAGCAUACCUGUCAUUGAUGUAUCAUAUGUACAAUAUUUGAGCAGUAAAUCUUGCAUUAUAAUGCCUAUGGCAGUUUCAAAAGCUUCAUUAAAAAAUUCUUUACUUCUAAGUUCCAUCAUUAUUUUUAAACUGAAAUAAAAAUUCACAUUAUAUUUAUAUAUAUAGCUGGAUGGAAUGUAAUGUCUCUAAAUUUUAAACCUAGAAUCCGUGUCUGGGCAUUUAGUGGUGAGAGACUGUAUCUGGCAAUGAAUGGGCCACACUGAGGGUUGAAAUCUUCUAUAUGAAAAUAUGAUACAAGGGUCUUGGGCCGUUCUCGUUCUUUGCCAAUCCUUUUGUGCACUGAGCUGCCCUUUUCGAGUCUGAGCCUUGGCACAUGGUUGCUCCAUUGUGACUUGGAUAUCACAGAACCAGCCCUCUUUGCAAGUGGGAUAAGCCUCUGCUAACACCCAAAUGUCCCUAGACCUGAUUCAGCGACAAAACCUUAUCCACUGGGCUGCCCUUCUUUUAUUUUUAUUUUCUUGAGUUUUACUAUUUAAGGGAUGUGUCUUUGGGAUGGGUUUCCUUUUUUGGACAAACAAUAUUUCCUUUAUCUCUUUGACCUUUGCUUUGUAGUGAAAGAAGGGCUUAAAAACAACGAUAUGAUUCAACCUCAGACCCAUAUGAAUGUAGCAUACAAUAGCAGGGCCCGAAAAUUAAACUGUUUACUUGCAUGCCCCCUUGCUAGAUACAAAUGAUACUCAGAUUAAAGAUUAUUGUUCAUGUCUUGCCCCUCUCUCCUUUCUUCUUCUCAUAAGACAAAUGGCUCAUGAAAACCCCAAAAUCCCCUUAAGCAAGGCAGUACAUAUCAAGGAGUCAAAAUGUACUAACUAAAUUAUGAUUUGGGCUUUGGCAGGAACUUGGACUUAGCCCAUCAGUACCCGUUCAUGUGGUUCUGCAAGACUGGAUAAGGCACUCAGAUGGGAAGCUUAGCUUCUUGGGGUUUGUUAGACUUCUGCAUGGGGUUUCUUCUCGCACAUUUCAGAAAGCUUGAACUUGAACUCUUGCCUCACAUUGUGACGCUUCACACUCACCUUGAAUUGAAAAUGUCUUAAAGGGGACAGAUUGCAUGCCCAAUAUGAGAGCUCUCCUAAACAAGUGCUACCUCUUAGCUGCACAAAGGGUUGCUGCAAGUUCAAACCACAGAAAUGCGGGGAGUCGUGAUCAAAGCUGUCUGCAGCAUAUUUUCACUUGGGGUAUGUUUUUUAUUCUACUUUUUUCGGGCCUUGUAUAAUUGUUUCCCCCAUGUUUGGUGCCAGUGAAAUUUAGAGGAUUGUACAGAUGAGGGUAGAUCCCAAAACUUACCUAGGGUCAGCAAACAGCUUAGAACUGGAGCUGAGUUUUGUGAUUUUGGGGUUUAUCCCUUCUGUGCUGUAGUUUUUUAAUAAACGCUUCAUGUGAUCCACAAGUUCUCAAGAGACGAGCUCAUUUAUGCCUCUGCUUCUUUUGGUAAAUACAAGCUGUUUUUUCAUGUAAA